CAGAUUACUUCGUAUACCCUUUUUCUAUGAUCCUAUCUGUUUUCUUUCACAUCUUUCGUAAGCUUUUUAGCUUUCCUACACUUCUUCCCUCUGAAAAAGCUCCAAAAUCUCUAAAAACAAUGAUUAUAAACCUCUCAAUCUCUCCUCCAACUUCAUCAGCCUACUCUCUCUUGAAUUUGAAGUCACCUAUCUCCAAGUUCCCUUUCAAACCUAAAACCCAGUUGACAAAUUCGCUCAGUUCUUCUUCUUCUUCCUUGUGUUCGUUUUCUUCUCCAUUUCAUCAGUUUUCUCGUGAGAACACAAGAUACCCAUGUGAGAAAAGGAACUCUUUUCGGGUAUGGGCGUUCCCUGGAUUCCAAUUAGAAAGUUUAGAAAGCGCUCAAUCUGUUCUAGAGGCGGCAGCAGUGUUAGCAGCCAUCAUCAUCGUUCAUGAGAGUGGACACUUCCUCGCCGCUUAUCUGCAAGGAAUCCAUGUAAGUAAAUUCGCAAUUGGGUUUGGUCCAGUACUUGCUAAAUUUAAUUCAAAGAAUGUAGAAUACUCCAUUAGAGCAUUUCCUCUUGGUGGGUUUGUGGGUUUUCCGGAUAAUGAUCCUGAUAGUGAUAUACCCGUCGACGACAAAAAUUUGCUCAAGAACAGACCCAUCUUCGAUAGGGUUCUUGUAAUUUCGGCUGGAGUAAUUGCCAAUGUAAUCUUUGCUUAUGCCAUCGUAUUUUUCCAAGUCUCAUCGAUUGGGUUGCCUGUUCAAGAGUUCUUGCCUGGGGUGAUUGUGCCGGAGGUUCGAGCCUAUUCAGCUGCUGCCCGAGACGGAUUGCUCCCCGGUGAUGUUAUUCUUUCUGUUAAUGGGAUUGAAUUGCCUAGAUCAGUUACUUCUGUUUCUCAGGUUGUUGAUAUCGUUAAGAAAAGUCCCAGAAGGAAUGUGUCUCUCAAAGUUGAGAGAGGACAGCAGGAUUUGGAAAUUGGUGUUACUCCUGAUGAAAACUCUGAUGGGACUGGGAGGAUAGGAGUUCAGUUAUCUCCUAAUCUUAAAAUUUUCAAGGUUAGGCCGAAGAAUCUCUCGGAAGCUUUCAACCUCUCUGGAAGGGAAUUUUUGGGUCUCUCAUCCAAUGUUGUCGACAGCAUAAAACAGACUUUUCUCAAUUUUUCGCAGUCAGCUGGAAAGGUUUCGGGGCCUGUAGCUAUAAUAGCUGUUGGAGCAGAAGUUGCAAGGUCGAACAUUGAUGGGCUUUAUCAAUUUGCUGCUUUGCUCAACCUUAAUCUUGCUAUCAUAAACCUUCUUCCCUUGCCUGCUUUAGAUGGGGGUUCCUUGGCUUUGAUCCUCAUAGAGGCAGCUAGAGGUGGCAGAAAGCUUCCUCAAGAAUUAGAACAAGGAAUUAUGUCUUCAGGGAUUAUGGCUGUUCUUCUUCUUGGGUUAUUCCUCAUUGUCCGGGAUACACUUAAUCUUGAUUUCAUUAAAGCCUUGUUGUGAUUUUGUAAGAAUAUUUUUCAUGAUGAAA